AUGGCACCACCGACUAUAUAUUCAGCCGAGCAGAUCGAGUUCAUGGAAACAUACCAUGAUCAAUUUUUAGAAUGCAAAGUAAACAAAAAUUACCAGUCUUUCUGGAGUCCAUUUUUUGAGGCAUGGGGAAUCAAGUUCCCGGAGCGUGCUGUCAUCUUCAAAGACAUACCGCUUGAUGUCAGCUUAACCGACGAACAAUCUGCUGAAGUAGCAACUGCGUGGACAUUGCGUCAACAGCGCCUUAUGCAGAAGUUCCGUAAUGAUUUGGGUGGGUCAAAAGCGGGUCGGCGGGCCAAUGCACAGCAUACUGCCACAGUCAACCAGAUGAUGACGCGCGUCAUGACGGGCUCGAAACCAAAAACUUCUCGCAUUUUGAAACUGUGGGAGAUGUACUCGAAAACGCACUACGGAAAAAUCAAGGAUGCUGUCAAAAAAGAGCAGGAAGAACUGAAAAACGUACCAUCUGCUGGGCCAGCGAAUAAGACCGCUCUCAAUAUUGUCAAGCAGCACCUUAAAGAGGCCUUCAACAAUGAGUCUGAAGAAGUGAAGGCGGAGGUGCUUGCUGCUGUUGAGACAAUGAAAGAGACGAAGCGUGCGGCAAUAGAGGCAGUGAAGAACCAAUGUCAUGAUAAGGAUGUCGUGCUUAGAUAUAUAUCCAAAAUCGCGACGAUUCUAACACAAUUCUUCGAGGAGUUACAUGAGAUGACGGAUUGGGUAUUUACAGUUCUCAUGGGCGGGCCACAUCCUGAUAUGGACGGAGCGCUCGAUGUCAAUAGCUUCCAUGUUGGAACAACAAAACUGGGCAAUCGGUUCAGUCAGGCCUACCCACAUUUUUCGCAGAAUGUCAUGGUGCCUUACACACAGUUUGUUGAACGCGUCUUUCCUGAGGCAGCCACGCUGUCGAGAGGAAAAGACUUGCUGCCCGGUUCUACUAUGUCAUCUACUCUGGCUAUCACUCCUGGACCCUCCUCCACCCCCGACAUUACAGCUUCUAAUACAUCAACGUCCGUCCCUUCAAAUAUCGCAGUCUCAACUUCCGGAUCCGAUCUGCUGCUUGCAUCGGAGCUUCUUUCUAUCCCACAAGGCAAUGACGCCUUUCAUUCCUUCUCUGGCGCUGAUGUAUCCCUGUCGCCAAUGGAUGACAACUUAUCACUUCCCAUUCUCCCAAUGCCCCCGCAACCUCACGACGCGAUAUACAGUUUGAGGGAGCUUCUGCAGGGCCUGUCUCAUGAACACCCACUCGAACAAGGACCUCUCUCAUUACCAAACGUCACUUAUCAAUUCCCAGAUGCGCCGGUUUCGAGUCUGACUAGCGAUGUCCCCAUUGCUAGCCCAAAGCAAGCGGUAGCACAGCCCAAUCCUUAUUACCCACCUGAGCCCACCUUCAUAUUUCUUCCCUCCUCUCCACCACUCACACAGCCGCAUUCUUCUACAAGCCACCUCCCAUCAGGCACACUUCCCACCCAAACUCCGGCAUCUCCGGGUAGAUCCCCUUCUUGGAUGCGUCUUAGUCAAAUCCCACCUGGUGCGGAGGCUUCAUCCAUUGUUCCAGUCGGUACUGGUGGUGCGGAGGCUUCACCAAUUGCUCCAGUCAGUACUGGUGGUGAGAAGCGUGCAUGUGAACCUCAAGGAGAGCAGUCAGAUGUCUCCACGAAGCGCCAGAAGGCUAAUGCUGAGUCGGAUGUUCCGACGAAGGGCCGGAAAGCUGAUGCUGGCACCAGACACCGCACCACUGAUAAAACAAUACCCACAAAUCUUGAAGUUGGUCGAGGUAAACGUCUACGGGUCCAGUCGAAACGCGCCGCAGAAGCUAACAAUAUCGGUGCACCAUUCAUGAGUCGAAAGAAAUAA